GAAGGACUUGUACUGAUAAUACUGUCCCGUCAUCUGUUUGCAGACGCUAUCAGCUUCGAGUACAAAUAUCUACUGCCCUUCUUCACGUUUUCCAAUAUUCCAUCUCCCAUCUCGACAUCUUCAACAUAACAUCAACACACAAAUCAUACCUUCUAACUUGUAUUGUAUUUGCAAACACAAAUCUCCAAACAAAAUCUAUCGACUAUCCUCAACUUUACAUUCCACCCUUCUUCAUCACAUCCUACUACCAUUACAAUGGCGACCCAAGUUUUACAGGCAACCCCCACUUGCUGCGGCAAGAACUCUGGCGGCGAGUGCGUGUGUGCUAAACAAGCUACCUGCUCUUGCGGCCAGAAAUCCGCCCUCGCGUGCAGCUGCGAGAAGGCUUCCACCGAGAACGAGUUGAGCGGCGCUCGAUGCUCAUGCCGUGCUCGUCCUGCUGGCCAAUGCACUUGCGACAACGCGUCCAAAGAGAAUGCGCCCGUUAAUGGCAGCGCCUGUGCCUGCGGCUCUCGUCCCGCUGGAUCUUGCACCUGCGAACAAGCCAGCUCGAACCCGAACCCGAACGAGAUCGAUUUCACCACGAAGUAGUCAAAAAGGCUUUGAGAGCAUGCUAGUACGGGGAUAUGGCAUUCAUACUGAGUGAUGCUACUGGCCAUAUGCUGUCAUAAUGGCUGUGGCAUGUAAAUGCAGCUCUGGAGAGAAAAUCUAGGGGAUUUCAUCGGAUGGCAUGGUGGUUGGAGUUCGCGGAGUUAGGUUUUCGGUAGCAGAGAUACAAUGCAAUCACGUUUUUUUUUAAUUAACUUGGAAGUCGUGCGACGUUUCCGGAGCCGCCUAAAAGUGAUUUCAUUGUUUCUAUUUCCUUGAGAAUCAUCGAAGACCUAAGACAUUCAUGUUAGCCUUCGCCUACAACUAUAAUCAGCGGUUAAGAACCUCAUCGAGCCAUGAGUCAUCACGAGUAGAAGUAUGGCUGAGAUGAUACUGAUUAGUUGAAGGAAAGAGACUGCCACCUACAUAUGUCAAUAUGAAGUUUUAUGAGAGACAUCCCACAACACUCGUGAUAAGGCUUCACAACUAUCCAGGUAGACACUGAUGAAGCAUUCCUAAUUCAAGAAACCCAACAUAUGUAUCGGUAUAUUUCUUUCCAUAGAUAAUUAUUUUGUACCUAUCUAGGUAGGUGAAAGUGAAGGGUCUCAAAUAUCAAUGGCUAGACAAAAACCAAAAAACCUUUAGAUAAGAGUGGUAAAUACGAUUAUUCGCUUCGCAA